GUAACAGUUAGAAACACACGUCAGCCGUUCUCUUUGUGCAAGAAAAACUCUUCUCAGAGACCGAAGAGAGAGUCGGAUAACUGUUUUUCCCUUUGGACUUCAGAGAGGCAGCGGAUAUAUCACACGGUGAAUGCACUCUGUGGGGUUCCUGAAUGCAGCAUUGGAUACAAAGAUUGGAGCUGUAAUUUUAGAGAGUUCUGACGGUUAAAAAGUCAAAGAGGCGUGUCGAUGUCUGAAACAGUCUGUGGUUGUAAAACUGGACAAAUGAUCCUCGUAAAGCUCCCGCUGGGAUUAUGAUCAUCUCGUCACUCCGGCUGAAGGACAGAGAGAAGACUUCAGGAGGAUGCUGAGCUUCAGGCUUGUCUAUAUUUUCUCGUAUAACCUGUUCCAGUUCUGUGGACACACAUGGAUCCUGGCCAACACCAUCGCCAGGUUUCUCACUUUUGGGAAAGAUGCUUUAGCGGACACGUUUUACUCUGUGGGCGUCGUGAUGAGUCUGUGCCAGCUGCUCUCCAUCCUCGAGCUCUUCCACAUCGCAGAUGGCAUCGAGAAAGCCCGACUCCUCCCUCGCUUCUUCCAAGUCGUGGAGAAGAACCUCCUCCUGGUCAUGGUCGUCAAGUUGGAGGAGAUUCAGAGUAAACCUGUCGUCUGUGUUCUGCUCUUUUUGUGGAACAUUUUGGACCUGCUACGGUACCCUCACGAGCUGCUCUGUGUGAUGGAGAAACCCUCCGGCACCAUGCUGUGGACUCGAUACACACUCUGGAUCCCCGUGUACGUCCUGUCAGCGGCCACUGAAGGUUUGACAAUAUACCAGGCCCUGCACGUCGAGCCUGAAGCUCCACAGUGUUCCUCUUUAAACUCAACGGUGUCGUCACACCUUCGCCUGCCCCUCGUCCUUAUGGUCUACCUGGCUGUCCUCACUCUGGGAGCGUCUGUGACAGUGUGGCAGCUGCUGAAGGAGAGACAACACCACCUGCACAAAUGGAACAAGAAGACGAAGAAGAAAUGACACCUGAGGACAUAAGUCUGAACGUUUGGACGUCUCGGUUUCCCAGGACCUUCCUCUGAAGUUUCACUUAAAGGACAACAGAAUCUUCAUCGAUCACAAUCUGAGAGUCUGACGUCCAGACGUGUCUAACGUUUUAGAGAAGGUCCUGAAACAACGAGCCGACAACACCGUUUAAUGAUGAACUUUUAAUGGCGUUCAGUCUGUGAGGCAGCAGCGAAUGUAGCAGUGUGAAGUCAUUUCUGCGGCCGGGUCAAAGAUGCAGUCUGAGUGUGUUCAAGCUCCCAUCGUGUUCUCCUGAAGAUCCUUUGUAUGCGUUUCCACGGUAACAAGUCUGUUUUCUUAAAAUUCCCUGGGCGCUACCAUCCAUACGCUUUGGUCCACACGGCUUUCUUCUUGAACUCGUUGGAGGACUUCAGGGCCAACAGAGCGGCUGGAACGACAAGAAGGGAAGAUUUCAUUUGUCGUGCGAUUGUGUUUCUUUCAAAACCAUUUUGUUUACGUUCUGUCUCUCUCUCUCUGUCUCUCUCUCUCUCUCUCUCUGAGAUAUCUGACUCUAUCCACUCUCCUGUGUCUCCAUUAAGGCACAGAUUUAAUUGUCAGUCACCUGCAGCGAGGCCUAAACUAUUCUGCGAUCAGUCCGGAUCUGAGUCCUGCAGUUUCCGUUAUUUUAUGAAAUGCAGAUUUGCAGGUGCUUUACACAUGACUGGAUGUGUUUGCAAAACUGUAAGAAGUCACUUUGGUCAAUGUUUUUUAUGUUCUAGCAGCUGAUGUGCUCGAGCCUGAAGGAUUCAAUUUGCACUACUUUUUUUUGUGUCUAUUUCAGAACCAAAAGAACUCUGGUUACAAAUCAAAGACACAGAAAAAAAGAUGUGCUUUAUUGCAAAAUCCUCCAUUUCCUCUCAGUUAUUAUCGGGGCUAAUGACUCUGCUGUUUCUCAUCCUGUAUUGUGAAGCACUCUGUGACGUCAGAUCUUCAAAGGUGCUCUUUAAAUACUUUACUUACCGGGCAAUUUAUCCUGAUUUAAUGUUAUAUGAACAAUAUGAGCAUUCACAAUAAAGAAAUAGUCUGAAUUUA